CAUACUUCCCAUCCAAACAAAUAUGCCGUGUUCCUUCACUAAACAGAGCUCUUUAAUUCUUAAUAAUAUACGGAUUAAAGGAGAAUCAAUACGUAAUUCCAUCAAGUCUUCCGACCCAUCUCAAAUUAUAAAAAAGAAGAAGCAAAACACCUAUCCUUCAUUUUUUUUUUCCUUCUCUCCAAGUGAAUCCUUUUUCAAAGAGAUGGAAGUAACUUUUACACUUGUAAGAGAUUUUGUAUUUCAUUGCAUUGGUCAUUGGGGUCGACUUUGCUGAAGAUGGAAUUAUUUCUUGGUGUUCUUCUAUCAGCUUGCUUGCUCUCAUUUGUAUCUGCUGAUUCACAAGGAGAGGCUUUAGUUGCAUUAAAGAAUUCACUCCAUGCUUCAGCCGAUCAGUUGAGAGAUUGGAGUCAAAAUCUGAUUAGCCCAUGCACUUGGUCAAAUGUUAGGUGUGAUCCUAAUAAUAAUGUCAUUUCCGUGACUUUGUCAUCCAUGAACUUUUCUGGCACAUUGUCCCCUAAAAUAGGAGUUCUGAGCAAUCUUACAUCACUUACAUUGAAAGGAAAUGGUAUAACUGGUGAGAUACCAAAAGAGUUUGGAAACUUGUCAAGCUUGACUAGCUUGGAUUUGGAAAGUAAUCGUUUAACUGGAGAAAUACCUUCUUCCCUCGGUAACCUUAAAAAUCUGCAGUUCUUGACGCUUAGUAAGAACAACCUUAGUGGAUCUGUUCCUCAGUCGAUUUCAGGUCUUCCAAAGUUGAUCAAUCUUUUUCUUGAUUCGAAUGAUCUUAGUGGUGAAGUUCCAGAUCUUUUGUUUAACAUUCCAAUUUAUAAUUUUGCAGGAAACAGGUUAAAUUGUGGUGAAAAUUUUCCUUACCCAUGUGUGUCAAAUGGAAAUGAUUCAGGAACUACGAAGAAGUCAAAGGUUGGUAUUAUUGUUGGAGUUGUUGGGGGAAUUUUAGUAGUUCUUCUUUUUGGUGGCUUGCUGCUUUUCCUGUACAAACGUAGACAGAAAGGCUACAAGGGCGAUGUCUUUGUAGACGUUGAAGGUGAAGUUGACCAAAGAAUUGCUUUUGGUCAAUUGACAAGGUUUGCAUGGAGGGAAUUACAGUUGGCUACGGAUAGCUUCAGUGAAAAGAAUGUCCUUGGACAGGGAGGUUUUGGAAAGGUGUAUAAAGGUGUGCUUCUCGAUAACACAAAAGUUGCAGUUAAGAGAUUAAUUGAUUUCGAAAGUCCUGGAGGAGAUGCAGCUUUUCAACGUGAAGUCGAGAUGAUAAGUGUAGCCGUUCACAGGAAUCUCUUACGGCUCAUUGGCUUUUGCACAACACCAACUGAACGCCUUUUGGUCUAUCCCUACAUGCCGAAUUUAAGUGUGGCAUAUCGUCUUCGGGAAGUCAAACCUGGUGAACCUGUUUUAGAUUGGCCUCAAAGAAAAAGAAUAGCCCUAGGUGCAGCACGUGGGCUGGAGUACCUUCAUGGACAUUGCAAUCCAAAGAUCAUUCAUCGAGAUGUGAAGGCUGCAAAUGUAUUAUUGGAUGAAGAUUUUGAAGCAGUUGUCGGUGACUUUGGCCUUGCGAAGUUGGUGGAUGUGAGGCGGACAGAUGUGACAACUCAAGUUCGUGGGACAAUGGGACACAUAGCACCCGAGUACUUGUCCACUGGGAAGUCAUCAGAAAGAACGGAUGUCUUUGGUUAUGGGAUUAUGCUUCUAGAGCUUGUGACAGGUCAACGUGCAAUUGAUUUCUCACGCUUGGAAGAUGAAGAUGAUGUUCUGCUUCUUGAUUAUGUCAAGAAGCUGGAAAGGGAGAAAAACCUGGAUGCUAUCGUAGAUCAUAAUCUUAAUAAAAAUUACAACAUGGAGGACGUAGAGGCAAUGAUCCAAGUUGCAUUGCUUUGCACCCAAGCCUCACCAGAGGACCGUCCGGCAAUGUUGGAGGUGGUGAGGAUGCUGGAAGGAGAGGGGCUAGCAGAGAGGUGGGAAGAAUGGCAGCACAUUGAAGUUACACGUAGGCAAGAGUACGAAAGACUGCAAAGGAGAUUUGACUGGGGGGAAGACUCACUACACAACCAGGUCGCUAUCGAGUUAUCUGGUGGAAGAUGAGGUAAAGAAUCCCCCGCUUGUUAGAAAAGCAUGUAACAUCUUAGUUUCUUUUAGUUAGGAUAGCUGAUUGUGCAAUUGAUAUAGGGACAGUGGAAAGAAAAUGCCGUCGUAUGGUUUUAUAUACGAUUGCAUUUGUUUGUCAUAGCUCUCCCUUUUUUACAUGUUUUAUACAGGAGAUGUUGUAUGUGUUUAUUGCAUUGAACAACGCAAACUCGAAAAUGAAAAGCAUGAUCUUGUAUAUUUCCACAUGAAUAUUUGAAGAUUUUCUGGAAUUCUACCAAUCCUGUUGAAAGA